UCGGCUACGUGGUCACGGAGACAUUACAGCCGUUAAGGCAGAGAAAGCCAUUACAACUGACGCAGCUUGUCCACUUGCACUCAGUAAAGGUUCAAGAACGGUCAGGAUGAUGUUAUCGGUCACCCUUCUCUGCAUUGCUGUUUCGUCAGCAGUAUGUGCCCAGCAGUACGCGGGGUUCCCGCUACCACCGGUGGGACGCCCCGAAUACGAUCCACGCGUCGUGCAUCCAUAUGGACGAAGAGAGCCAGGUCGCGGGCCGGUUCUAGGAGACCCCGUUCCGUUUGAACCAGUUCGAUGCGACGCAGUAGGCGGUGAUGCCUGGUACCGAUAUAGAUACUGCAUCGCCAUCUGUCGGGAACAUGACUACAUUACAGGCUUCUGCAAUGGAUUCGUAUGCAAAUGUCGCUAGAUGUACAAGACCAUGUAUGUAAUAGCUAUGAGUGAAAUACACAUGUCUCGUACUCUUUA